ACUUGGCGAGAACUAACUAAAGCUCUACAGAAAUUUAGCUUAAAAUAGUCUAUUUUUCCUCGGUAAUCUCUUUAAAGUGAAACAAAUAGCAAAUGCUUACUUGUUAGAAAUUGAAUUGAUAAUUUUUUUGGCCUUAUUCGCCAUGUGUGACGGAUUUAACCACGGUGCUCUUCAGAUAGCGGUGGCUCAGAUCUGCCAGUCCAUGGGUUGGGAUGCCUUACAAAAGUCGAGCCACGACUUGUUGACCGACGUGUUACAGAAAUAUCUUGAGGAGAUCGCGAAGUCAGCGCAUGGAUACUCCCAGAUAUACUCAAGAACUGAGCCAAACUUAGAUGACCUAGACCUUGCCUUUCGAGAUAUUGGCGUUUACCUCGGCGAACUAGAAGACUUUGUAACCCAGGUAGACCAAGUUCCAUUUAUUCAUCAGUUGCCACAGUAUCCCAAGCCAAAACCUAAUGUGCUCCAUCAUCCACGUAAUGGAGAGAUUGCAGAGAGACUGGAGCAGUACUAUGACUACUUGCCUCCCUUGGUCUCUAAGCUUCUUCAAAAUGAAGAUGAAGAUAAAGCAACAACAGCAGAAGAUGCAGACACAGUUGAUGCUGGAGAAGAACCAACAAGUGGAGAAGGAUACGUGAGGAAGGAAAUCAAGACAGUAGCUGAAGAAACUUCUAUUGAACAUGUAGCUGUCAAGAGAUCUCUUGAUAUGCCCCCAGCGCUUGAAAAUGACACAAAAAAGAGACGUGUGGAUCUACCUUUCAUUCAGAAAGGAAACAGGGGAAAUGAAAUGGAAAUUCUUGAAGCACUGCAAGGAAACCUAUCCUCCCCAUCACCAACUCCAUCACCUGACAUUUGGAGUUCAGCAAAAACAUUUGAGAUCCCACCAACAUCAAGUAUUCCUCCUAUAGCUGCUACUCAGUCUGUAGAAAAAGUCACCACUUCCAAGGCAACUGCAAAACCCAAACAAGGGGAGAAAAAGACAGCUGUUGGGAGCAAAGAAGCAGGAAAGGAGCCAGGUACAAAGGUGAAAUCAAGCCCAAAAAAGAAGCCUAAGCCUGCUAAAAACACAGUUAGCCCUGCAAAGAAACCUGCUACACCAAAAACACCUCCAAAACUGAAACCAGCAAAGAAAAAGUCCCCAUCUCCAAUGAAAUCACCCAUGCCAAAACCAACAAGUGUGACUCCAGUGGAAACUGAGUCAAUAACAGGGAGCUCUUCAAAGAAAACUAAAACAAACGCAAAGAAAGAGAAAAAACCAGCAACCAAGACCAAGAAUCCUGUUACCAAGAAAUCCUUGACACAGCCAGCCUCUGAAACAGCCAAAGAAAACAUAGAAGUGAAAGAAAGCAUGCCAAAAUUAAUUAUAAAACCCAUCAAGAAGGAGACUGAUGCAGAGCAUCAGUUUGCUGUGUCUGAAUUCCUGCCUUCCAAUGACACAGUGGUAAAAGAGAAAUCAGAAAAUAAGAAUUCAAAACCAAAGGCAGGUCCUGCUAAAAAGACAAAAGCAAAAAAAGGAAAAGACAAAGUUAUAGAGCCCUCAGUUAAAAAGGAACCCAAAGAUUGGAGUACUCCUUCUACCCAUGAGGGACUCAAAUUUUCCAUGGCAGACUUUACAGUUGCACCUGCAGAAAGAAAUUUGCCAGGAAAUGUUUUAAUAGACCCAGCGCUGGAACACAAGAAGAAAAAGAAAAAGAGGAAAGAAAAGGAUAGGGAAAAAGAAAAGAAAAAAGACAAGAGUAAAAAGCUGAAGACAGAUCAUGCGGAACCUUUUCCAGAAUCGCCAUUCCCCACACCCAUCCCUCGUAUCACUGUGAAACUAGACACUCCGUCCAAUUCCGCGUCAUUAACAACUACAGGGGCUAGUAAGACAGAACCUUUACCAUGGGAUUAUGGAAAAGGUAGUUCAGAAAAACUCUUCUCUUCUACUGUAAGCAGUCAAGCCGUUGACAGUGCGGGGUCUUCAAAGGUCUCAAGCAAACAGGAAACUGUUACAACCACUGCCUCAGUUGUCACCGCCUCACCUGCACCCAAGUUAACGAUCAAAAGUGAACCACUGGAACGAACAGUCGUCUCACAGACACUAUCAACCACGUUUGUUCAUGGAUACGCUAAAGAGUACUAUUGUCCCGUGUGUGCUGAGCCUGACGAUGGAACUUUCAUGAUUGGCUGUGAUGGAUGUGACGAAUGGUUUCAUGGCCGAUGCGUUGGGAUAACAGAGGACCCUGGUGUAGAUUGGUUUUGUUCUUCAUGUCUGGCCAAGAAGGAUAAAGAUAAAGACAAACAGAAAAAGAAGAAAAAGAAAAAGAGUAAAGAAAAGCCAAAGUAACUCUUCACUAAUUGACGUUUUUAUAUCUGGGAAUUUUACGCAAAUGUAGUUGGUCAUUAUCAAUGCAGCGUUUUGAACUGAUUUUCUUAUAAGAUUGUAAAUACAUUCUCCUCCAUUAGUUUUUUUGAGUGCCUUUGUGUUGUAAAUAAAUGAA